UAUUAUAGCAGCUAAAAAACCUGUUCCUUUAUCAGCUUCUCCUUUUCACUCUACUGAAAUAAAUAAGACGAACAUAUCACUAACUUCAGACACACUAUGGUUUUAGAGCAUAUAGUAUAGGUUGCUACUUGAGCUUCUACAGACAGAGGAACAGGACACAAAAAAACUCAACAUUUUCAACAUCAGAACAAUUCUAACAUGAGCAGCAUUUUUAUUUUUAUUCUGAUCAUUUUAAUUCUGAUUGCAGAUGUUGUCAUUUCUCAGUCAGCAUCCAGACAGUUAAGUCUUCAAACUGGAGCAUCUGUUACCAUCCCAUGUCCUUAUGAUAGGAAAUAUUUACAUCAUAAGAAAUACUGGUGCUAUGAUGCUGCUGCAGCAUACAAUUACUGCACAAUUCAGGCGUAUGCCAACGAUACACAGGGGAAAGUGACAGUAACUGAUAAUCCAUCUGAGAGUCUCUUUACUGUGACUAUGAAAGAUCUCCAGACAGGAAACACUGGAUCAUACUGGUGUGUUGAAGAGAUAGCAGGAAUAUUCUCACAAGAUGUUACAGAACAACUUUCUAUCACAGUGAAAGCAGCUCCUGAUCUGUCUGAGGAGAGCAGUGUGAGUGGUGAUGAAGGAGGCAGCGUCACAGUUCAGUGUCUCUACAGCGCUGCGUAUCAGAACACACAGAAGAAGUGGUGCAGAUUCAGAGACAGAAGCUGCAACUCAGUGUGGAGGACUGACACAUCCCAGAAUUCAGCAGUGAACAUCAGUGAUGAUGGGAAAAGUUCAUUCAGUGUGCAGAUGAGUAGACUGAAGAAGAGUGAUGGUGGCUGGUACUGGUGCAGUGCAGGAGAUCUGGAGGUUCCUGUUCACAUCAGUGUCCGUGGUCCACCUCCAGUUGUGACUACAGCAGUGACUACAAACACUCACCAUGUCACUACACACACAUUCGUCUCACAGAACACUUCAGCAGCAUCUGAGAUUACAGCUUCUAAUGGUGUAACCACCGAGAACAAUAAGACCCUGAUCUACUGUUCUCUGGUGGCCUUUCUUUUGCUACUGGUGAUCCUGAUCAUCGUCAUCAUCUGCCUGCUAAGAAAAAAAAGCACAAAGAGUCAAAUCAGGAAUAAAGAGGGUGAUUCCAUUGUUCAGAAGCACACCUCUACAGCUGGAGACCGCAUUAUAUACAGCACUGUGACUAAUCCAAAGUCUUCAGUGUUGAAAGACGAGAAGGAGGACGUGACCUACAGCUCGAUAAAUAUUGCUUCCAAGAAUAAAACUCACACCUCUACAGCUGGAGACCGCAUUAUAUACAGCACUGUGACUAAUUCAAAGGUGUCUCCAAAUGUUGUUGAAGGUGAGACCAUCUACAGCAGAGUCGUUUGCCAAAUCAGCCCUUAAAUAUCUGCAUCGGUGUACAACAGGAACCGGAAAAACAUACUGAAUAUAAUUGAAAGAAAAGUGUCAUUCCAGCAUCCAGCAUAUCUAUGUAUUAUUAUUUAUUAUUAACAUUUGUGAUAAAAUGCAAGAACUAGCAUUUACAUGUCUAAAGAAUAGCUGGGAAAUUCUGUUUCUCCUCUCCAACAUUGUACUUAUUAUAAUAAUUUGUUACCUAUUAUUGUGACAGUGGAAGAAUAACUGGAUGUUAAAAUGUUAAUAAAUGUUGCAUAUAUAAUAACAUUUUCUGAUCUGGACCAUUUACAAAAUAUUACAGUGAAUGCAAAACUUUUGCUGACUUGUUAAAUACACAUAUAUGUGUUAACAUGUACACAGGUUUUAGGCAGGUGUGGAAAACAUGCUGUAAUGUAAGAAUGCUCUCAAAAAUAGAAGUGCUAAUAUUUUUUUUAUCAGUUAACAAAAUGCAAAGUAAACAAGCAAGAGAAAUCCAAAGCAGCAUCAAUUCAUCUAUGUACUCUUACACACAGUUUUUGAAGGAACUCAGCAGGUAGGUUGUUCCUCUUGGAGAACUAACCACAGAUCUUCUGUGGAUGUCUGAGGCUGCCUCAGACCCUUCCAUGUCUUCACUUAAUCCCAGACAGACUUAUGUUGAGUUCAGGGUUCUGUUGCAGCCAAACCAUCACCUCCAUGACCCCUUGCUCUUCUCUAUGCUGGAGAGAGUUCUUAAUGACAUUGGCUGUACUAUAUGUUCAGGGUUGUUGUCCUGCUGCAUAAUAAAUUUGGGGCUAACCAGGCGCCUCCUUAAUGGUUCUGCAUGAUGAAUAAUAGCUCCCUGUAUUCCUUAGCAUUGAGGACACCAUUAAUCCUGACCAAAUCUCCAACUCCAUUUGCAGAAAUGCAGCACCAAACUUGUAAGGAACCUCCACCAUGCUUCACUGUUGCCUGCAGUACUGCUCUCUAGCCAUUCAGCAAACAAACUGCCUCCUAAUACAGAAAAACUGUCAUAUUUUGACUCGUCAGUCCAGAAAACAUGCUGCCAUUUUUCUGCACCCCAGUCCAGUUCCUAUGUUUUCUAGAUUUGUUCCCAUUUUAGAGGUAUAGCAUUUUUGGCUGAAGUUUUACCAUGAAGACCAG